AUGUCUGCUAUUGAGCGCAUCACUCUCAACAUAUUCAACCCCCAAGCUGGGGAGCAGGACAGCCUGCUCACUCUUGAGAUCUUCCCCGACAUGACCUUGGCUACCCUCCGAGAAUCCAUCCAAGCAGAAUCAACCAUUCCUCCGACCUCGCAACAUAUCUACCACAACGGUCGCCUAAUCUCGGAUGAUGCGCAGACGAUGGAGCAGCUGCAGAUUGCAGACGGAGAGAUGCUGGCGUUGCACGUCAGAGAUAUGCGAGGCAGCACUGGUGUCCCGGAGCAGGCUCGACGUCCCCAACCUCGAAGACGGGCUGGAAACGAGCAGGACCCUGAACUCAUUCGUCUCCAGAUUCUCGGCCAGCCUGCGCUGAGACAGCAGUUACAGUCACAACAUCCCGAGCUGGCUUCUGCAGUUGACGACCCUGCUCGUUUCGCACAAAUUUUCCUUGACAGUCAGAACCGGGAGCAACGUGAGCGCCAGGAACGACAACGGGAAAUCGAGAGACUAAACGACGACCCAUUCAACAUCGAGAACCAAAGGAAGAUUGAAGAGAUGAUCCGUCAAGAGCGGGUCAUGGAGAACUUGCAAAAUGCUAUGGAGCACAAUCCUGAAGUCUUUGGAAGAGUUCACAUGCUUUACGUUGACGUGGAAGUCAAUGGGCACCCGGUCAAGGCUUUCGUAGACUCCGGUGCUCAAGCCACCAUUAUGUCUCCUGCUUGUGCCGAGGCGUGCGGAAUUAUGAGGCUCGUUGAUACACGCUUUGCCGGUGUUGCUCGUGGUGUUGGAACGGCAAACAUCAUCGGCCGUGUUCAUUCUGCACAAAUUAAAAUCGGAAAUCUGUUCUUGCCUUGCAGUUUUACUGUCAUGGAGGGAAAAUCGGUGGAUCUCUUGCUUGGUCUUGAUAUGCUGAAGCGAUACCAAGCAACCAUUGAUCUGGCCAAGGACAAGCUCAUCAUUCAAGGUGAAGAGGUUCCUUUCUUGGGAGAGGCUGAAAUUCCCAAGGACGAAGAGGCAGCGGUUGUACAGGAGCCGACAUUGCCUGGUCCUGAUGGAACAACAAUUGGACAACGCUCUGGAGCCGUCGUGCCUCCUGGCCAACAGCAACAACAGCCUCCAAACACCCUGGCACAGUCCGCACCGUCCGCACCAGCCCCGUCCGCACCAGCCCCGUCCGCACCAGCCCCGUCCGCACCAGCCCCGUCUGCACCAGCCCCAGCUGCUGCACCUCAUGCUGCGCCUCAGGCCCAACCUAGUGCCCCAAGGACAGACAUCUCACCACAGGCUAUUGAGAGUCUUGUCUCGAUGGGCGCUACCAGAGAGCAGGCUAUCCAGGCACUUCAAGCUGCAGACGGCAACCCGGAUGUUGCCGCAAGUUUGAUAUUCUUCUAA